AUGAAUACGAUCCGCAAAAAUAGAAGAGUGCUUAGAGCACUAAAAAAUGAAAUCAGUGCGCUGCUUACUUCGAGAACAAAGCAAAAUUUGAUGUUCGAGAAGAAAGCACGUGAAAAGACGAAGGAAUUUAUCAACGGUGAGCAAAUCGAACAAAGCGCUGAUCGUGUGAUCGAAAAAUGGCAGCUCCGUGGGACCGGGUCUUUGCAGCACAAUAUCAAUGUGAUCCAAGCAAAUCUUCAGCGUACU